UCAACGCUCGGAUUUUUUUAUUCUCAUCUUAUUUUAAUAUUUAUUAUUUUUUAAAUUUUUUGACCAACGCUCGUUCUUUUUGUUUUUCUUACGCGUAAUUAAAUUCAUAUCGCGUCAAUAUAAUCUUUUCAACGUUCGUAUGUUUUAUAAGACCAUACUGAACACCGAUCGAGUUUCGCGUUUCACUUGUGGCCGUCGGAUGCUUGAGGUAAAAUUUUCAAGAAUGCUGUGAAUCUCGUUUAGCAGUUAUUUUGCAUACGUAUUGCAUUAGUUCAAACCGCCGAGGAAAAAACGUCUUGAGUUAAAUCACUGAUAUUAUAAUGUGGGAAAUUUUGAUAUAUGCGUUUUCCAUGUUCAUGACUGGAGCAUUGUUAUUCCUCAUGGUUUACUCUAUAAUAACACUGUCAGAUCUCGAAUGUGAUUAUUUAAAUGCUCAAGAAUGUUGUAACAGACUGAAUUUUUGGGUAAGACCAAAAAUUGUUGCACAAACCAUUAUAGUUAUAGGAUUUUUGACUGAUAGCAAUUUGUGGAUGGCUCUUGUAAAUAUUCCAGCUGCUGCAUGGGUCAUUUAUGAAUUUGUCACUAUACCUAGAGGAAAUACAGGUUUAUUUGACCCAACUGAGAUUCACCACCGUGGCCAAUUAAAGAAGCAUAUGCGUAAUUUUGUAACAUUUACCGGAUGGUAUCUUAUUACGUUUUUCUUCUAUUUAUACUUCAUGAUAUUGGCUAUACUAAAAGGCAAUCCCUUGGAGACUGAAGCACCUCAGCACGUCAACAAAUUCUAGUCUUUAUUUUGCACAUCCUAACAUUUAAUUUAAGUUUUAUUUUAUGUAUUAUUUAAGUUUUUAUGUAAACAUUUGUUUGAUAUUUUUAAUAACAUGCUUACUACAUUGUAACA